AGUAGUUAAGGUAUGUGUAUAUAAUUAUAUACCUUGGAAUUUAUUGCAUGAAACUUAGAUAUGCUCUUGCAUUCUUGCAGCUGCGGUUGAAGCAUGUGUACUGCAUGGAUUGAAGCGUAGGGCUGCUGGCUUCUUGCGCAGCAAUAAAAUUGCAGCUUUAUUUAUGAAAGUGGCGAAGACCUUUCCACUUGCUGAAGAUCUGUGCAGAAAGGUGCAAGAGUUGGAACAGCUACUUGAAAGCAAAAAGAAUCAAAUGCAAGGUGUCCAGGAGAGUGUGAGGAAGACACAGAGGCUUCCAAAUCUGUCCCCACAAGCUAUCAAGCAUCUGUGGAUUCGUACAGCAUUAAUUGAAAAAGUUUUAGAUAAAAUUGUUCUUUACCUAGUAGAGAAUUGUAGCAAAUACUAUGAAAAAGAAGCACUUUUAAUGGAUCCAGUGGAAGGGCCGAUCCUUGCCUCCUUGCUAGUUGGUCCCUGUGCCUUGGAGUACACAAAAAUGAAGACAGCAGACCAUUUCUGGACUGACCCAUCAGCAGAUGAACUUGUACAGAGGCAUCGUAUCCACAGUUCCCACUGUCGUCAAGACUCCCCCACAAAGAGGCCUGCCUUGUGUAUCCAGAAAAGGCAUUCAAGUGGAAGUAUGGAUGACAGGCCAUCAAUGUCAGCAAGAGAUUACGUUGAAUCAUUACAUCAAAAUUCAAGGACAACUCUUCUUUAUGGCAAGAAUAAUGUCAUGGUUCAGCCUAGAGAUGACAUGGAAGCAAUCCCAGGGUACUUAUCUCUUCAUCAAACUGCAGAUACUAUGACCUUAAAAUGGACACCAAACCAGCUUAUGAAUGGCUCAGUUGGAGAUUUAGACUAUGAGAAAAGUGUUUAUUGGGACUAUGCAAUGACUAUUCGCCUAGAAGAAAUAGUAUAUCUACAUUGUCACCAGCAAGUAGACAGUGGUGGCACUGUGGUACUAGUCAGUCAGGACGGAAUACAAAGACCUCCCCUCAGGUUUCCCCGUGGUGGACAUCUCCUGCAGUUUUUAUCCUGUUUGGAAAAUGGUCUACUUCCACAUGGGCAGCUUGAUCCUCCACUGUGGUCCCAAAGAGGAAAGGGUAAAGUGUUUCCCAAGCUAAGAAAGCGAAGUCCUCAGGGGUCCUCUGAAUCCACCUCAGACAAAGAAGAAGAUGAAGCCACAGACUAUGUUUUCAGAAUUAUUUACCCAGGGAGUCAUUCUGAGUUUGUGCCUCAGGAUUUUAUAGAUCCUCAGGGGGUUGGGUUACCUUCUAUGUGGCAGCCAAGUACACGCAAGUCCUCUUGCUCUUCAUGCUCACAGAGUGGCUCUUCAGAUGGGGGUCCAGCCAAUGGCUGCAAUCAUGAAAGGGCUCCUCUCAAAAUGUUAUGUGACAAUAUGAAGUAUCAGAUUGUCUCAAGAGCCUUCUAUGGGUGGCUGGCCUACUGCAGACAUCUAUCUACUGUGAGAACACAUUUAUCAGCUCUGGUAAAUCAUAAAAUUGUGUAUCCUGAUGUGCCAAUGGAUGCCAGUGGAGGGCUAACUGUAGAGUUUUGGCAAAAGUAUUUAGAAGACAGCACAAAUUAUGAAGAACAAGAAUUAUUACGUCUCAUUUACUAUGGAGGCAUUCAGCAUGAGAUUAGAAAGGAAGUCUGGCCUUUUCUUCUUGGUCAUUAUCGGUUUGGAAUGACAGAAGCAGAGAGAAAAGAGGUAGAUGAGCAAAUCCGUACUUGCUAUGAGCAAACCAUGGCAGAGUGGUUGGGCUGUGAGGCUAUCGUGCGGCAGAGGGAGAAGGAGUCCCAUGCAGCUGCUUUGUUGAAGUGUUCUUCUGGAGCCAGUCUAGAUAUCCAGAUUCAGAGAAUGAUGCAUAGAGACUCCACAGUCAGCAAUGAGUCUUCCCAAAGUUGUAGUUCAGAAAGACAAAACCAUGCACGCCUUCAAAGUGACUCCAGCGCAAGUACGCAGGUUUUUGAAUCAGUGGAAGAAGCUGAUCAAUUAGACACUAGAAGCGAGGAGAGUAAACCAUCAAAAAUACCUAAUGGAACCGUACCUAAUGGGACAUGCUCUCCAGAUUCAGGUCACCCAUCUUCCAGAAACUUCUCUAUCACUUCUGGUUAUUCAGAGCAUAGUUUCAGUACAGAUGAUAAUGCAUCAACGGAUGCCAGCAAAAAUGCACUUUAUCUGCCUAUGAAACCAGGAGGAGCAAGUGGAAAAAAAACAGUCUAGCUUGGACAGUAUGCUUGAUGGUAAAAGGGUCGAAGAGGAGCUUGCUGUUCAAGAUAGUUUGGACGCAGAAACUACAGCCAAUGAAAGCUUGGAUGACUUUUUAUCAAUUGCUGAAAGUACAGAGGACAUUUUGCCUGAUAGGGAAACUGCAAUGCUUUCUGUUGUGGAAGCUUGGCCAGACAGUGAAGGUGAGAAAGAAAGUUUGGUGGGCAGCGAGGAUAAUUUAUCAGAGGAGCCAGAGAUGGAAAGUCUGUAUCCACAACAUGAUUCAUUGGUUGUAAUUGACAAGACUGUGUCUGAAGUGUCCCCAGUCUCUUCCACUGGAGUAACCUAUUCUCAAGAAGUGCUGGAUAUGUACACAAUUAACUUGCACCGUAUUGAGAAAGACGUCCAGAGGUGUGAUCGCAACUAUUGGUAUUUCACUCCCACCAACCUAGAGAAGCUUCGAAAUGUUAUGUGCAGCUACGUGUGGCAGCACAUUGAGAUUGGAUAUGUACAAGGGAUGUGUGAUCUGCUGGCUCCACUCUUGGUAAUACUAGAUGAUGAGGCCCUCGCAUUCAGCUGUUUCACUGAACUCAUGAAAAGGAUGAACCAGAAUUUUCCUCAUGGUGGUGCCAUGGAUACACACUUUGCAAAUAUGAGAUCUCUAAUCCAGAUUCUGGAUUCUGAGCUUUUUGAACUCAUGCAUCAAAAUGGUGAUUACACACACUUCUACUUUUGUUACCGCUGGUUCCUUCUGGACUUCAAACGAGAACUGGUUUAUGAUGACGUGUUCUCUGUAUGGGAAACCAUCUGGGCUGCGAAGCAGGUGUCCUCUUCUCACUUUGUGCUCUUCAUUGCUUUGGCUUUGGUAGAAGUGUAUCGUGAUAUCAUUCUGGAAAACAAUAUGGACUUUACAGAUAUAAUAAAGUUCUUUAAUGAAAUGGCAGAGAGGCACAACAUAAAGCAUAUUUUGAAGCUUGCUCGGGAUCUGGUUUACAAAGUGCAGACACUGAUCGAGAACAAGUAA